AUGUCAUUUGGUCAGUAUAUUGCCAUCUGCAACCCACUGAGGUAUACCAUCAUCAUGAACACACAGAGAUGCAUAAUGUUUCUUGCAGGGUCCUAUCUAGGUGCAUUUUUGUCAAUGUUGUCUCCUUCCAUCCUAACUGCUCCGUUAAUCUUUUCUGGGCCAAAUAAAAUCCAUCAUUUCUUCUGUGACCGAGCCCCCAUGCUACAGCUGGCCUGUGUAGACAUCUCUCUGGCUGAGGUGGCUGACUUUAUCUCCUCUGCUGUGUUGCUCCUGGGCUCCUUGCUCCUGACAGGAGUGUCUUACACCUACAUUGUUAUUACUAUCCUUAGAAUUCCUACUGUGCAGGGAUGGCAGAAGGCCUUCUCUACUUGUGUUUCACACAUCACAGUGGUGACAAUUUAUUAUGGAAGUUCCAUCUUCCUCUAUGUUCGUCCAAAGAAAGGCAACACAAUGAGCAUUAACAAAUUUGCCACAGUGCUGAACACCGUUGUAACACCAAUGCUGAACCCUUUCAUCUACAGCCUUCGAAAUGAGAAAGUCAAAGAAUCCCUGAGAGAAACCAUCAGUAAAUACAUAGGUAUGCUAAUAAAUGUAAGACCUCAAAAGUGA